AUGAAGAAGAAUAAUGAGAAUUUUUUUGAGAAAUUCUUGGAGAUCUUCAAGAAACUUGAGAUUAAUAUUCCGUUCGUUGAAGCCUUAGAGAAAAUUCCCUUAUAUGCCAAAUUCAUGAAAGAUAUCAUCUCAAAGAAAUGCCCUACCCACAUUGAGUCGGUCUUAUUGACUGAAGUUUGUAGUGCUAUUUUGCAAGGUAUGAAGAUACUAGUAAAGAAGAAGGACAUAGGCUCAGUUACUAUUCCUUGUACUAUAGGAAACAAAACUUUCAAAAAGGAACUUACUGAUUUGGGGUCUAGUGUCAGUUUGAUGCCCUUAUCUAUUUACAAAAAACUAGGAAUUAGCUCGGUUCAAGAUACUAGGAUAACACUACAGUUUGCUGAUCACUCAGUUAAGUGA